GACGGUGUGUUGUGGAGGUAGUAUUACUGACCUCCAGCUACUGCAAGGGCCCUCAGCCGAGCUCUGAGGGAAUUUUCCAGACGGAUCACUUUGUUAAAACAAGCAUUAGCACUUUUAAAUCCUCUUGGGAAGCCAGAAGACUCGGUUAUUCUUUUUUUCCUUUGAGCCCUGGUAGUUUCCUUUCCUCCAUCUCCUGCCCUGGUGGACAAGGCACCCCGUUCCUGGUCGCCUUCAGCCCCGCAUUGGAUGGAAAUAGACUCCAGGCUGCAUUGGACUUGUCUCUGACUUGGGGCUAGGCCUCGGAGGCCGGCAUUGAGGGAGAAAGAUCGACAGGAGCUUGCGGGCAGCCACGGAAAUCAUCAUCGACCUCCGCUGCCUUUCUGUUUCCAGUGAAUCCCUGACUUUCUGUGAAUUUUUAAAAAAUAUAUAUAUAUAUAUAUAUAUAUAUAUACAAAACACAACCACAUCAAGAUGGGGAUGUUCUUGGCCAAACUGAUGAGUUUCUUCUGUAACCAAGAGCACAAAGUCAUCAUUGUUGGGCUGGACAAUGCUGGGAAAACAACCAUCCUUUAUCAAUUCUUAAUGAACGAGGUGGUCCACACGUCUCCCACGAUUGGCAGCAACGUGGAAGAAAUAGUCGUGAAAAACACUCAUUUCCUAAUGUGGGACAUCGGUGGCCAAGACAUGCUGCGUUCAACGUGGAGCACGUAUUAUACAAACACGGAGUUUGUCAUUCUCGUUGUGGACAGCACAGACCGAGAACGGUUGACAAUAACGAAAGAAGAGCUCUACAAAAUGCUGGCACAUGAGGACCUCCGGAAGGCAGCCGUGCUGGUAUUUGCCAAUAAACAAGACAUGAAGAACUCCAUGUCAGCAGCUGAAAUUUCCAAAUUUCUAACACUAACUUCUAUCAAAGAUCAUCCCUGGCAUAUUCAAGCCUGCUGUGCACUCACUGGCGAAGGACUAGGUCAAGGGCUGGAAUGGAUGACCCUGAAGACAGCAGCAAAAUAGAGCUUGGUGCUCUAAAGCAAGAAACAAAAACUUUCUAAAGAAAUGACUCAUCCAUGAGCAGCUGCAGGAACAGAAGUGGAUUCGUGCCUUGUUUUGUUUUUGUUUGAGAGAAUUCUUAGUGUCGAGAAGAUGCCUGGCUGAGACACUCUUAAUUGUGACGCAUCCUUCAUUUUUGAAUCUGCAGGCCCUGAAACAGGGACAAAGAUCUUGGUGAAGCCUGAGACAGACAAACCUGCUGGAUGAAAUAAUGGAAACAUGUUAUGCUGGGUUUUAAACUUUUGCUGCCCAAGUGCAGAAUGAGCUCACUUUUGGGAUUUUUUUAGAAAACUGAACACUAACUGAAACCAUGCAAGUCUCCAUAGUGCAUUAUCAAACUGAAAAGUUAAAGGGAUAAAAGAAUCCUACAAUCAGCAACACUCCAAAGUUUCUGUGGUAACUUGUAUCUGUGGUUAAUAUGCAUGCUGAGCUGGCUUGGUAAUUGUUUCAGCAUUCAGUGGGAAACCCAGAAUAGUUUGUGGCCUGUACCUCAGGAUGUGCAUUUUACACUCGUCAGGUCUGGCAAUAGUAUUUAAUUUUUAUUGAACCAUGAGCAGUUUGGUCAACUUGCUAGAGUUUUAUUCUAUCAAAUGAAGCACUAUUGGAUCACUGAUCAGUAUUAGUCUGUUCUAGGGCUUGAAUCAUUAUUCAGAUUUGAAGUUUCAAUUAAGCAAAUGUUUUUAUACACUUCAUUCAAAGCAGGGCAGGUGCUGUAAAGCCAGUUGAGAUGCAAGUGGAUUGCUACAGUCAUCAGCUUGGACCUGUGAAUUCUUGAGGGUGGGGCACUUUAACCUCUGACAUGUACCUCACUUGACUACUGGAAAGUUUUUAAUUUUUUUUAACAGAACUAGUUUAAUUGAAUUGUUGGUCAUUGGUGGAAAAGGAACUUAGUUCUCAAUAUUGGCACAGACAGACUGGUUGUUUUAGUAUGAGGUAAACUGGUGACAGAUUGGGCUAAGGAGUGGGAUUUCACAUUGUCGUCACAAGGAAAUGUCUUGGGAUCUGACCUAAAGUAAUCGGUAUUUAAUGUAGGCAAUGUUUUUUCAGGCCUAGCUGCUAUUGUGGAUCUGUGUUUUAUUGAAGUUGGGAACCAAUUCAGAAACAUGAAGGCUAGCUGCUCUGAAAAGUUUUCCUUCAGAUAGUGGUUACUCAGUACUAAUGGAAACGGUAAAGACUAAACUGUAGCUGCUCCAAAUUGAAACAUGCUUCCAAAUAGUGUAGUUCCCUCUGUAUCUGAAGAGUUUGGCCCUUCCUUUAACACUGGGCCUGCGGCAGAAGUAGUCAUCCUGAAUUUUAGGCUUGCUGUGUAUUUCCAGCGUUAAUUUCAGGAAAAUAAAUAGGUUCAGUUUCUUUGCAGUCAGUGUAUUGUCGAGGGAACAGUGAGAAACUUUGCUACAUGACACUUCUUUGAAAAGAAUUAACCUCCAUGCUGUUAGAUGGGCUAAUGCAUGGCCUGAAUUGGUGUCUGGUUUUGUCAACCCCUAGGAUUUUGUUUUAAAAUAGGCUAAUACAGUUUCACCCAUGUUGAAUCAAAUUGACCAUCUCAGAAUAUUGGCAAAGGCUAGAAGGAAAGUGCAAAGCUGAACAAAUGUAGUAAUUAGCAAAGCUUUAUAAAUAGUCUGUACUAUCCAUUUUUCUUGCCAUUUAUUUUUUCCUGUGAAUUUGCCUUUUCUUGCUCUAUAUUCACUUAUUUCAGCAGAGUACCAAAAUUCCUGUUUCCCUCUGCAAUUAACUAAUGCCAGAGCUCCUCAUUCAGACAUUCCACUUUGCUGUAAUAGCAUAGGCUUACAAAUGCCUUCCUUUGCAUAAAGAAGGACCUAUAGCUCCUGUGCAUCUGUCUUUAAAGUUCAUAGACUCCGCUACCUUACGGUUUUAAAUGUCCAAACUAGUUGGGAGCUGAAGGCAAUAGAAAACACUAUUGGUUUGGCCCCUCAUGGUCUGACAAUUUAAUUCUUUGUUCUGGUUUGAAAUUUUGUUAGGGGAGUUGAAACCGUUUGUACUUGGUAAUCCUGCCUGCAAUCCUUUGAUUUAUCUGUAUCAGGAAUGUGUAGAUUACAGAAACUGUAAAUGUUGUGGCCUGCACAAGCUUCAAGUUGCAAAUGGAGAUAAAUUUAGGUCAAAUCAGCCACCACUGGCUUCAUGUAGUUCAAAAACUGAAGUGUUUUGGUCCUGAAUAGCUGCUUACAUAGAACACCUUGUCUUUAAGGUGUAAAAUACUGUAAGUGGACACUUCGAGGCACUCCGUAGAAUGUCACUUAAUUGAUCUGCACUUAAUGAUCCCUUUUGUUUCUUGGUUGCCGUUCACUCUUAUAUAAAAGUACCUAAAUUGCGAAUGUUGAAAGGUUCACGUCAGUUUCACUGACGUGUUAUCACCACACCUAAUGUCAUUGAGGUAGAACUAGAAAACCACCCUGUAUUUUGGAUGUAGUUCACUUGAGUGCCAGGAUAUUUGCCUGUUUUGUUUUCUACCUCAAAUCUUUGUUAAUGACUGAAUACUUUGGAGCCUUAUUUUUACUUGAAAUGUUGUCUCAUUUGGCCAAAAACUUGUGAAAGUAACAGCAGAUGAACAAAACUGAAGAAGACUUGGUAUUGAGGCUCCAGGUGUGUGUUGUAACUAUCCAGCAGGCAAUGGCACCACCUAGUGUGGUCUGAAGCCAGGCAGAGCCACAAGCCUCUCCUCUGGUCAGGCACUGCCUCAACACACAAAUCCUGAUUGUAUACUGGUUGUUUCAGGACUCCUGUCAAGAUCCAUUGAGAAUGUGAGCUGAUCCUUAUCAGGGUCAUCAGGGAAACAAGGGAUGUCUUCCUUUUAAAGGAACUGCUGUAGGCUUUCAAUCCAAAAUUCAAAUUACUGAAUACCAGAGCAGACCUCGCUAUUCAGGAAAUCAUGUUUAUUCCUGUCUGAAAUAAUCAGUAGCUUAGAUCUUGAUGCAAGUUCCCAACUGUUCUCUUUAACACACCUCAAUGCACCAGUUUGAUCUCCUUGUCUCUGAACUGUCUGCCUCCUAAGUUUCAUGCAGUUUGCUAAUCUGUCCUUAGCUAAACAUAAUGCUUUUUUAUAUAGGAAUUUGCUAGUUCUAAUAGUAAAUGCUGUUUUAUUGGUGACAGGGCAUUAGGCAGGAGGGGUGGUGUAAAGCAGUUAAAACAAGGUGGUUAUUUAUAAUCUUUCCCCCUCCCCCUUCCCCCAUGGUGAAACAGAAUUUCUGAUUUCUAUUUUUAACCUUUUUUUGCCCCUCCUUUGCUCAAAUAUGCAGGAGUGGGUUUCUCUACUUGGAUUUUAUGAAGCCAGGGACAUUUGAGCUUAGUCAUGCAUCCUUUAGAAACAAUUGCUGACAUUGGCGUAUCUUUUUGUAUGGUGCUAAUGUAUUGCACGUUAUGUUUUUCUCACCAUUGUUCUCCAUGGUAGCAGAUGGUGCAGGGAGUUGAAGCUACCUUCUGUAAGGCUACUGAGUUAGGGGAUAAGGAAGGGUGGCCUGACUCUGCUAAUAAUCACAUUGGUUAGUUGGGCACAUUGCCAGGGGGUGGGAUGUGAUGUUUAUGGUGUCCAUCGACCAGCCUGGGCAGCCAGGAUACUUCCUUUCCAGAGAAAGGACAAAUGUUACCCUGCUAUGACUGCUUUGUUUCUUGCAUACAGCUACUACUUGGUAUUUCUGUGGAUAGUUGCAACUGACCAGCAUUGCACACAGCUUGUAGGACUGUUAACACAGGAGCCAGUUUACCCCUUCAACAUGUGGGCCACUUAAGAAUGGAGUCUAGUUAUCCGGGCAUAUGACACAUCAUCUCAGUGGGCUGCUAGGCAGAUGGCUGUAGCUAUGAUCAGAAUGUUUUGUGGGCAUGUGACUUUCUGGUCACAUGACUUUCUGAUCAACAAAAUGUGUGAAGUACAGUAUGCAGAUCUUCAGUUGUCUUUGCACUAGCUGUUGAUACUUGGAGUCUGUGUUUAAAAGUUUCUUCCACUGUUUUGUCAGGACUAUUGCUUAUAGCCUAACUCUGAUCUGCUUAUCCACAUGCAUUCAGCUGCCAAACAUUUCUACCUUGAUUUUCUUCACAAAAAAACUGUCGAAUUUGGGCAUUGUUAGUUUCAAGAAAUAUGACCUUGUAUUAUUGUGAUGUCAGCACUUUAUUAUUGGCACUCCAUUUUGAGAUUUGACAAGUUUCCUUUCUGUACAUUAGACAUUCUUCUGGCUUCUGUUAUAGACUCAAUCUCUACAAUUAGUUAAAUUUCACUGAAAUGAUCAAACCUUUUAACAAAUUUAUUGCUGACUGUGACAAAUGGUUGUGAACUUCCUUUUUAAACCUAAUGUCUGGAUAUGGGUGUAACUGACAAGAUUGGUAUUUCUUACCUUGACAGUGGUGCUAAAUGUAUCUUAGGUGUAUCCCUCAGGUGAUGGUGCUUCUAUGAUAGUGGUAGGCUUAGAGUCCCAGGCAAAAGAGUCCUGGAGGCAGUGAAGAUGCUAGUUUAUGAACCAUUAACCGAACCAAUAAACCUUAAUCUCAGCAAGAUCAUUUUCUGUUUUCAGAAGACUAAAUCUUUUGAAGGCUGAGAGCUUUUCUCAAUUCCCUGCACAGAAAUGAUCUUUAAGUCUUUACAACUGAAGUGCUAUAAGUGGAGAUGGGCAAUACCUUCAGCCAGUUACUGAGAUGAUGGCUGCACAUUGGUUGGACCAAUAUGCUCCAUUCUUUCUAAAGGGGGAAGUGCAAAGAAAUUAAUCUUGGCUUUUUAUUUUUGCAAAGGAAUAUCUCAUUCAUGCAAAUUGAGCUCUAAUUUUCUGUUGGAUCUCUCUCUCUCCUGUUUGCCUGGUGCCGAAGAGCAGUGAGUGUUUUUCAAAAGCCAGCCGGUUACUAAAUCUGAUCGAAGUUUUCAUCAGUAGAUGCCAACAAAAUGGAGCAGAAUUACUGGGAACCUCAGUCAGUAGCUUGUUUGCAAUCUUCCCCUGAACCACCCAAACCCUUUUUUUAAAAGGGUUGUUCCAUGGGACAGUGGUUCAAACAAAGCUGUUCAUUUUAGGUUAAUUAUUGAUGGUUAUAAAAUUUUGGAAGACAUUGAGGGCAAAAUGCCCCCAAAAAAUUCCUGGCAACUCUCUACCUCCUCAAACAGCAAACCUGAUCUCUACAAGGACUGUACUUGCUGCAUAUUCAUGAUUUUUCUUCUGUCCUGGCUCCAGGAACAAAUCAUUUCCAUAAACAUAUCUGUCCAUUUGAGACAUUCAAUCAUGCAGCUUUAUUUACUGCCUCUGGUGGUAAGCCUUCAUCUGUCAGUUUCAUCUUAAAUUUUUGUUUUUAUAGACUUGAGUAUUAAUAUUGAACAAGUCACUAGCCUCAGUAGUGAGAAAAUGAGCCAGUAUUGAAAGGAACAUGUUACUGUUAACACUGUUACAGUCUGCUUAAUGUUCUGUGUAUUGAAAAUACAUGCAAAGCAUCUUUCAUUCCAAGACGUGAUGAAGCAUGUGUGUUUUAAAUAAAUCUUUUUGUGCUUUUUA